ACGGAGAAACCGUGCCGUUAUGUCCGACGGGCUGCGGGGUUGUAACAGUUUGUUUAACUGUAAAAACCCGGAUCAAAACGCAAAUGUAUUGAGGUUUCUCUCUCGUCGUCCCGGUAAAGGACACGUUUAGGGUCGGGCUUUGUUGAAAAGCACCCGGAACUCUGAAGUUUUACCGAAGUUGCAGCGAGAAGAGGACCCGUCGGAUUCGCCCCGUGGACUCGGUCUGGAUAGCAUUCCCGAGACUGCAGCUGCAGGCCAUCUUCUGAUGGGCGCACACUGCGAGGCAACUCACCGGGAGAACGCCAAAUCAUCCGAACGAGACAGGAACUGUGAAAGAAUGAAGACGAGCUAGUUAGUGUGCCUUUCAAAGAAACGCAGGAGGUUUUCUUGGAAGUAUACACACCGAUGUUUAGCUGGACUAAAAACACAAAUCAGAGAAACCUGAAGUGUAAAUUUGCUUUUUGAUUCUGCAAAAGGGGCACCUUUACACAUAAGUGAUCAAUAUGAGUGCUGAAGGCUAUCAGUACAGAGCCCUUUAUGACUACAAGAAGGAGAGGGAGGAGGACAUCAACCUGCAUGUGGGGGAUAUACUGUUGGUAAGCAAAGGAGCACUGGUGGCACUUGGGUACACCGAUGGCCUGGAACAGAGGCCAGAUGAGAUUGGCUGGCUUCCAGGCAUCAAUGAAACCACUCAGGAAAAGGGAGACUUCCCCGGGACAUACGUUGAGUUCAUUGGGAAGAAGAAGAUCUCUCCCCCCACGCCCAAGCCGAGACCCCUCAGACCCUUACCUGAAGCUUCGGGAUGCUUCAGGGCGGACUCGGACCCGGAGCAAGGCUUCUGUCUGCUGGACUUGACGGAGCAGUUUUCCCUCCCCGAGACCAGUCCACCCAUGCUGGCCAGACUGCUGGAAGCUAUUGAGAGGAAAGGUCUGGAAAAUCCCACUUUGUAUCGGACUUUUACUGCCGGUGGUGGACUUGAAAUCAGACAGUAUUUUGAUUGUGACCCUCCCUUACCAGACCUGGAUCCGGUGGAACUCCCCAUCCUGUGCGACGGUCUGCGCAGGUACCUGCAGGAUCUUCCCCAGCCCGUCAUCCCCACUGCAAUACAUGCUCAGAUGGUCCACACUGCCAAAGAGGCGGUGAAUCCUGAGGAAUGUGCCCAGCUACUACGCCGCGUCGGCAGCUCCCCGAGCCUGCCGCCCCAAUACUGGCUAACCCUCCACUGUCUGCUGAGGCAUUUCUCCAGAGUGUGCCAAAACGGCUCCAAGAACCUGCUCAGUGCCAGAGCCCUGGGCGAGAUCUUCAGCCCGGUGCUCUUCAGACAGCAGGCCACCGGUUGUGAAGCCAGCUCGGACGCUCACAUCAAGAUCAUUGAAGUUCUGGUGACCAGUGAAUGGAGCGAAAGUCAGGCCGCUCCAGCUCUACCUCCAAAGCCACCCAAGCCCACCACGCCUGUGACUAACAACGGUAUGAACAACAACAUGGCGCUGCAAGACGCCGAAUGGUACUGGGGAGACAUCUCCAGGGAGGAGGUCAACGAGAAACUGAGGGACACUGCGGACGGUACUUUCUUGGUGCGGGACGCCUCCACGAAGAUGCACGGAGACUACACUCUGACUCUGAGGAAAGGAGGAAACAACAAGCUCAUCAAGAUAUUCCAUCGGGAUGGGAAAUACGGCUUCUCAGACCCACUGACCUUCAGCUCCGUUGUUGAGCUCAUCAACCACUAUCGCAACGAGUCACUGGCUCAGUACAACCCCAAGCUCGACGUCAAGCUGCUGUACCCGGUCUCCAAGCAUCAGCAGGACCAGGUGGUGAAAGAAGACAACAUAGAGGCCGUGGGGAGGAAGCUGUGCGAGUACCACCAGCAGUACCAGGAGAAGAACAAAGAGUACGACCGCCUGUAUGAAGAAUACACCAGAACUUCACAAGAAAUCCAAAUGAAGAGGACGGCCAUCGAGGCGUUUAAUGAAACCAUAAAGAUAUUUGAGGAGCAGUGCCAAACACAAGAGCGGUACAGCAAGGAGUACAUCGAGAAGUUCAGGAGAGAAGGCAACGACAAGGAGAUCCAGAGGAUUAUGGGCAAUUACGAGAAAUUGAAGUCCCGGAUUAGUGAAAUCGUAGACAGCAAACGCCGACUGGAGGAAGAUCUGAAGAAACAGGCGGCCGACUACCGAGAGAUCGACAAGCGGAUGAACAGCAUCAAGCCCGACCUCAUCCAGGUCCGCAAGACCAGAGACCAGUACCUCAUGUGGUUGACCCAGAAGGGAGUCCGACAGAAGAAGCUCAACGAGUGGCUGGGAAUCAAGAACGAGAACACGGAAGAUCAAUAUUCUAUGGUGGACGACGACGAAGACCUUCCUCACCACGACGAGCGGGCCUGGAAACUGGGCAACAUCAACCGGCUACAGGCGGAGGCUCUCCUCCAGGGCAAGAGAGACGGAACAUUCCUGGUUCGAGACAGCAGCAAAGCGGGAUGCUACGCCUGCAGCGUUGUCGUGGACGGUGAGGUGAAGCACUGCGUCAUCAACAAGACCCCCUCGGGUUUCGGCUUCGCCGAGCCGUACAACCUGUACAGCUCCUUGAAAGAACUCGUACUUCACUACCAGCACACGUCUCUGGUCCAGCACAAUGACUCUCUGAAUGUGACGCUCGCGUACCCGGUGUACACCCAGCAGAGGCGGUGAGGACCCCGGCUGUUUUCCACACGGACACAAAAGAAGAAGAAAAAAAGGCCUCGCGACGAGUUGGAGUUACGUUGUCCUCGGACCCUAUGAUUUAUAACGCAGACACACACAGACACACACAAAGAGGAGGAGGGCUCCGUUUGCCCGACUUGAGAUUUGAACUGGGAGGAGAAGGACGCAGUAAAAGCCUGAAGCGUUUUCAGUGACUUUGCCCGAGCCCGAGGCGAGUCUGAAUGUAGAUGUAUUUCUUCUCUCUCGCUUUAUUUUUGUCGGCGCAGAGAAUCCAGGCGGAAAAGUGCUGAACUCUGCCGCCGCCGAGGAGGAGGAGGAGGAGGACGUUCGAGGCCUUUUUCCCCCCCCCAACGGUGCUUGACCUUUUUCAAAGCUUUACGAGCCGGGAGCGUCGAAUCGCAACAGAUAUAAACUCUUCAAAUGGAUCUGUUCUCACCGGCCACACCGCUGUUUCCCCCGCCCCCUCUUUUUGUUUCUUUCCCCUCAUCUUUGUGCGUCUGUGUUUCUGCACAAGUGUGUGUGUGUGAGUGAGUGUGUGUGUGUGUGUGUGUGAGUGUGUGUGUCCAUGUGACCAAAACCCAUAGAAUCAGGUAAAUGUGUGAUGUCGGGGCAGGCUGUGUAACACAUUUGCUUGUGUUGACUGUUCAGUAGCAGACCAUGGAUCAGCUGAUAAAUGUAGCAAAAUGGCACUUUCUAAAACAAAGUUGUAAUUUUUUUCUUUUUUUCUUUUGGAAAAAGACUCGUAUGGACUUUUAUGCGAAGAGCAGAGGGGACGAGACCUCCGCAUCCUGCCUUCAUACUGUUGAGCAUUAUAGUGCAGACGUGAACUUGGUCUUUACUGUGGGCGGGUGAAACUAUGAAUGGACUUAACUAUUUCAUGGUCAUAUGUGAAAAUGUGCAAAGUCAUGAAUCAAAGUGCACCAUACCAAAAAGGAUCCGUUCCUCUUUAGUUAUAUUCUGAUCUGCUAUGCAAUUCUUUCUCUUAUUUCUUCAGAAUUGUGUUUUAUUGUUUCAGUUGCAAAACCCACGAUAUAAGCUUGUUUUAUUGCUUGAAAAGUAUCUUUUCCUGUGCAAAUAUCCAAAUGGAUAUUUUGAGUCAAAAUGCCAAGAUACAGUUAAAAAAAAAGAAGAAGAAAAAAAAAGAAAAAUAAUAAUGAAAAAAAAAUGCUUAUUAUUAUUUUUUUUAAGAUGAUAAUAAUAGCAACAUACACUUUAUUAUAAAUUACUUUAACAACUGGUGUAACGAUGGAAAAGAUGAGUUUUUUUUGGGCUUCAGACUAAAGUUCCUCUCAGGCAGAGCCUUCUGAGUACGAGCUCUCUCACUCAGUGGGCGAGACGAUGGGAUUGGACAACCCACGCGUAGCCAUCACCACGACAACCACAGGUAUAGAUUUAUUUUGUUAUAAAAUAUAUAUGUUCCCACACGAGAAUAUAUCAAAAGCAAGACCGGAUAUUGUUGUUAAAAGGAUCGGCAUACAUUGUCCACUUAGUAUUUUUCUGUAUCAGAAAAUCACUGUGUUUACAUAAGUGGAUCGGCUCAUUUCAGAUGGUCUUUAAUUUCAUAUUUUUUCAACGAGGACAAAAAUGUCACCGCACUCAACUUAAUUUUCUCCCCCCCACAUCUUUUAUUCUCUUCUUUUAUUCUUUUUUUCUUUUUCAGUUACGGUACGCAUGUAAUAAUUAAUCGAACGUUUCUUUUUUUUAUUUAAUUUUUUAAAAUGAAGCCACCAGAACUACCAAUGUAUCACUCUUGUUAAGUCUAACCCUUGUGAACACUCAAAAUCACUCGAAUGACGGCGUCUGCCAUUAAUAAUAAUAAUAAUAUAUAUAUUUUGCGAUCAUAGAUCAGCCUGUCGAAACAUCACUGAGAUAUAUUUUUACUCCCGCCGUAAAAAAAAUGUAAUCGUGCUCGGCGCAGCCGUCGAGUGAAACUGUUGAAGAUAUCUUCGUGAAACAAAUUAGUUGUAAAACAAUUAGACUCUUAAUUCUCUCCAUCUUUUUUUGGGAAAAAGGAAACGUACCGACAGCGAAGCUCAAAAAGAGACGGGCGUGAGGAGAUUUGUCAGCGUAGAAACAUUUGAUCAUUUUUAGCUGAGUUCAUAUUAUUCCUUGAACAAGCUUCCAAAAUGUAUUAUUUGUUAUGUAUGUGAGCAGAUUACUCAUCCAGGAUCGGUUCUCCCAAAGCCGUCGCCAAGGAUGCUCGAUCUGGCAUAUAUAAGAUCUAUUUUAUUAUCUACCGCCCCAACAACUCUUUAUUAUUGUCAGAAAUUGCACCAUUAUUUUUUCUUUGCCCCAAGUCUGGGUUGUAUGGUUAUUUUAGGUGUUUUAUUUUAUUAUUUUAAUUAUUUUUUUAUUAUUAUUUGAAGCUCAUCUUUUUGUGGGUGUCCCAGACAUAAUGAUUAGAUUGAGAUUUACCAGUGUUUCCCAAGUUAUGCUUCAAAUCUGUAUUGGGCUUUGUUAAAAAGGAAAUAAAAACACUUCUUUUUAAGAAACUUG